AUGCCGAGGAUCUUAGCUUGCCAGUCGCAUGUUGUACAUGGAUAUGUAGGCAAUAAGGCAGCCACAUUCCCGCUACAAUGUGUUGGAUGGGAUGUGGACUGUGUUAACAGUGUACAGUUUUCAAACCAUACUGGAUAUGGAAUUGGAAGGGUGUUUGGGUCGAGGGCCAAUGCCGAACAAUUGGAGCAGGUAUUCGAAGGUGUCAUGAAACUCUCAGAUGAUUACAAUGCGUUGCUGUCCGGGUAUAUGCCCAAUAGCAGCACUUUGACAUGUAUGGCAAGAUUUUACGAGCAGCUUAAAAAGAGGGACAGGAAUUUGCUAUGGUUGCUAGAUCCAGUCAUGGGUGAUGAAGGCGAGUUAUACGUUGAUAAAGACGUGAUACCGGAAUACAAGGCGGUUAUUCGCUCUGGGCUGGUCGAUAUCAUCACUCCAAAUCAGUUUGAAUUGGAACUUUUAUAUGGGAAGCCAAUUGAGACCCGAUCGGACUUGUACACCGCUAUUAAAGAACUUCAUGAGUACGUUCCAGUGAUUGUGGUUUCUUCGUGUGCGCAGUCUCUUUUCAACGACCCUACACAUAUCUACUCCGUGUCUUCGCUACGAGAUAUGCCACGGCCAUAUGUGUACCGCGUUCCAGUUAUCGAGUCGUAUUUUACUGGGGUUGGUGACUUGUUCAGUGCGAUGCUCUUGCACCGACUCUACUACAUGUUCCAAAGUGGGAAAAUUGAUCAAUUCCACACUGAAACCAACAUCGUGCUCAACAUCAUGCACAAGGUGUUGGAAAUAACUAAAAAACACGCCAAAAAUAUAAAAGGUUGCAUCGGAGAUCCAAACUCCAUGAAAGAAAUGGAACUACGUGUCAUUGAAAGCAUUGAUUGCUAUGAUUGCAAUACUAUAGAUAGAGAUUUUUACUUCGACUACAAUUGGGAAGAAGAAGAAGCGCACGGUCAAAACUAA